AUGGCCGCCAGGCCCGUAUUGUAGUAAAAGAACUGGGGACACCAACAUCCUGCGACGUGUACGCGCAAGCAACGUCACACGUCCCAGGCGUCUACGGGACCUAACUUCGUUGGUUGAGCGAGCGUCAGGCGCACCCGCACGUGAUUACGUGCGACUGGAGAACCCGAGACCGGGCGCCGCAGUUCUCGCGAUAAGAGCCGAGGCGUCCAGGCUUUGGGUCAAGCAGUCAGUGAUGGAGCUGUAUGACGAACUGCCUGAACCUCCGCGGGCCCCUGGUGAGGCAGCCAUUUUUAAAACCCUCACAGACACUGCCAGGCGUUACCAUGGAGAGGGCAGACAGGAAUGCCAUAGUGUGCCAUAUAACCAUCUCAUUACACCGUCCCUUUAAUAAAACACUCCUCUCAUAGGGCAGCAAUGCCUCCAAUACAGUCUUACUAUAUACAUUCCAUAUAACCAGGACAUUACACUGCCCCUUUAAUAAAACACUCCUCUCAUAGGGCAGCAAUGACUUCAAUACAGUCUUACUAUAUACAUUCCAUAUAACCAGGACAUUACACUGCCUCUUUAAUAAAACACUCCUCCCAUAGGGCAGCAAUGCCUUCAAUACAGUCUUACUAUAUACAUUCCAUAUAACCAGGACAUUACACUGCCCCUUUAAUAAAACACUCCUCCCAUAGGGCAGCAAUGCCUUCAAUACAGUCUUACUAUAUACAUUCCAUAUAACCAGGACAUUACACUGCCCCUUUAAUAAAACACUCCUGUCAUAGGGCAGUAAUGCCUUCAAUACAGUCUUAUUAUAUACAUUCCAUAUAACCAGGACAUUACACUGCCCCUUUAAUAAAACACUCCUCUCAUAGGGCAGCAAUGCCUCCAAUACAGUCUUACUAUAUACAUUCCAUAUAACCAGGACAUUACACCGUCCCUUUAAUAAAACACUCCUCUCAUAGGGCAGCAAUGCCUUCAAUACAGUCUUACUAUAUACAUUCCAUAUAACCAGGACAUUACACUGUCCCUUUAAUAAAACACUCCUCUCAUAGGGCAGCAAUGCCUUCAAUACAGUCUUACUAUAUACAUUCCAUUUAACCAGGACAUUACACUGCCCCUUUAAUAAAACACUCCUCUCAUAGGGCAGCAAUGCCUUCAAUACAGUCUUACUAUAUACAUUCCAUAUAACCAGGACAUUACACCGUCCCUUUAAUAAAACACUCCUCUCAUAGGGCAGUAAUGCCUUAAAUACAGUCUUACUAUAUACAUUCCAUAUAACCAGGACAUUACACUGCCUCUUUAAUAAAACACUCCUCCCAUAGGGCAGCAAUGACUUCAAUACUGUCUUACUAUAUACAUUCCAUAUAACCAGGACAUUACACUGUCCCUUUAAUAAAACACUCCUCUCAUAGGGCAGCAAUGCCUUCAAUACAGUCUUACUAUAUACAUUCCAUAUAACCAGGACAUUACACUGCCCCUUUAAUAAAACACUCCUCCCAUAGGGCAGCAAUGACUUCAAUACAGUCUUACUAUAUACAUUCCAUAUAACCAGGACAUUACACCGUCCCUUUAAUAAAACACUCCUCUCAUAGGGCAGUAAUGCCUUCAAUACAGUCUUACUAUAUACAUUCCAUAUAACCAGGACAUUACACUGCCCCUUUAAUAAAACACUCCUCCCAUAGGGCAGCAAUGCCUUCAAUACAGUCUUACUAUAUACAUUCCAUAUAACCAGGACAUUACACUGCCCCUUUAAUAAAACACUCCUCUCAUAGGGCAGCAAUGCCUUCAAUACAGUCUUACUAUAUACAUUCCAUAUAACCAGGACAUUACACUGCCUCUUUAAUAAAACACUCCUCUCAUAGGGCAGCAAUGCCUUCAAUACAGUCUUACUAUAUACAUUCCAUAUAACCAGGACAUUACACUGCCCCUUUAAUAAAACACUCCUCUCAUAGGGCAGCAAUGCCUUCAAUACAGUCUUACUAUAUACAUUCCAUAUAACCAGGACAUUACACUGUCCCUUUAAUAAAACACUCCUCUCAUAGGGCAGCAAUGCCUUCAAUACAGUCUUACUAUAUACAUUCCAUAUAACCAGGACAUUACACUGCCCCUUUAAUAAAACACUCCUCCCAUAGGGCAGCAAUGACUUCAAUACAGUCUUACUAUAUACAUUCCAUAUAACCAGGACAUUACACUGCCCCUUUAAUAAAACACUCCUCCUCAUAGGGCAGCAAUGCCUUCAAUACAGUCUUACUAUAUACAUUCCAUAUAACCAGGACAUUACACUGCCCCUUUAAUAAAACACUCCUCCCAUAGGGCAGCAAUGCCUCCAAUACAGUCUUACUAUAUACAUUCCAUAUAACCAGGACAUUACACUGCCCCUUUAAUAAAACACUCCUGUCAUAGGGCAGCAAUGCCUUCAAUACAGUCUUACUAUAAACAUUCCAUAUAACCAGGACAUUACACUGCCCCUUUAAUAAAACACUCCUCUCAUAGGGCAGUAAUGCCUUCAAUACAGUCUUACUAUAAACAUUCCAUAUAACCAGGACAUUACACUGCCCCUUUAAUAAAACACUCCUGUCAUAGGGCAGCAAUGCCUUCAAUACAGUCUUACUAUAUACAUUCUAUAUAACAAGGACAUUACACUGCCCCUUUAAUAAAACACUCCAAUCAUAGGGCAGCAAUGCCUUCAAUACAGUCUUACUAUAAACAUUCCAUAUAACCAGGACAUUACACUGCCCCUUUAAUAAAACACUCCUCUCAUAGGGCAGUAAUGCCUUCAAUACAGUCUUACUAUAAACAUUCCAUAUAACCAGGACAUUACACUGCCUCUUUAAUAAAACACUCCUCCCAUAGGGCAGCAAUGACUUCAAUACUGUCUUGCUAUAUACAUUUCAUAUAAGCAGAAUUAGAGAACAAGGAGUGGGGUAUUUUUGUAUAACCAAUGCAAACAGCCAAGGGAUAUAUGUAGAAUUUAUGGCAGAGAAAUGUGAUGUAUGUCACUAGGAUGGAACACUAGAUUUGGCUAGAUUUUGACUGAUUGUGUUACAACAUAUUACAACUAUUAUUAUACAACUAUAGUUAGUAAUGAUACAAUAAAGGUAUUAUAGUUUGCAGAGCAUUAACCAGCACAGGAUUAAAAAGAAAAACAUAUAUUGUGGGAGAUACUAAUGACUAAAUUGUUACUUUGCAUAGGUUUACCUUGAAUUCUUUUAUAUCAAUUCUUCUACUUAAAGCUAGAGGUUACUUUCUACUGAUUUUGAACAUAUACAAAACCAUUGGUAGAAUAUGGACUCAUUCAUUGUAAAUAAAACUGUUUAAAUAUAUAUGUGUGUGUGUUGUGCACUGGUAAUUUGUGUAUAUCGAAUUGUAAAAUCCAAAGUUAAAGGUUGUAAAAUAAUCUUGUUGUAGAGAAUGUCUUGAAUUUAAUGGCAUCAUCAAUUAAAUUGCCUGUUUGCAGUUAAUAUGCAAAACUGUGUGUGAUUGUAUGUGUGUUGUAGGGAAGAGGAUUAUUCUGCAGCUCUGUGUAUAACUAGCAGUGUGUGUGACUUCCCUGAGCUCCAGUGGGGACCAGGCUGGCCAGGUAAAGAUCAAGGAGGUUGCUUUACUCCAGUGUGGAUUCCUGUUCACAAGUGCUGGGAGGAAGUGAUUUGAGAUCACUUCCUCUUAGUGCUGCAGUGCAUUAAUUGAAGAUUGGCUCUCACCACCUGCAAUCUCAAGUUGCACUAGAAAAUAUCUGAAGUUCCUCUGUGACUCCUGAUAGGCCACAACCUUUUUGUUUCUAGGAGCCUUGAGUGCAAGCUACUGUUAAUUUUUUAUUUUAUUUUAUUUUUUCCAGCUUAAUGAAGUGGUCUGGGUGCCAGGUCCAGCUAGGUUUAACCCUUUUUUUUUUUUUAUAAACAUAGCAGUUUCAGAGAUACUGCUAUGUUUAUAAUAGGGUUAAUCCAGCCUCUAGUGGCUGUCUCAUUGACAGCCGCUAGAGGACUUCCGCGCUUCUCACUGUGACGCCAGCGUCCAUAGGAAAGCAUUGUGAAUGCUUUCCUAUGGACUGGCUGAAUGCGCGCGUGGCUCUUGCCGCGCAUGCGCAUUCAGCCGGUGACGGAAGAAGGUGGAGGAGGAGAGCUCCACGCCGGCGCUGGAGAAAGAGGUAAGUUUAACCCCUUCCUCCCCCCAGAGCCCGGCGGGAGGGGGACCCUGAGGGUGGGGGAACCCUCAGGGCACUAUAGUGCCAGGAAAACGAGUAUGUUUUCCUUGCACUAUAGUGGUCCUUUAAUUCAGUGUUGUAAUUUCAGAGAAGUGAAAGUUCCUCUUUAAACAGAAGACUUGAAGCACCAUAAACACUAAAGCCCACUGUGGUGGUUAUGGUACCAAGAGUAUCAUGGCACCCUGUCAGUGUAAGUGGUAAAACCGUAUAAGACCAGUUUGAGAAAUUACAUUGGUCCUGCUGCGUGCCUGGUUCUGCCUCCUCUGCACUGAGCUAAGCCUGACGGUGCAGGGUUACGCUUAUUGACUGAGAGCACUCAGCUGACGCUUUCAGCCAAUGAGCACAGCCCUGGAAAACAGGGUUUAGCUUAGUGGAGCUUGCAUGAGCUUUCAGCUACAAACGAGGUGGUAAUUAGACAUCUUGCUGUCAUCUGUUGAGAUGUCUCUGAAGACAUUUAAAGGAUCACUAUAGGGUCAGGAACACAAACAUGUAUUCCUGACCCUAUAGUGCUAAACCCUUUAAGUGGCUUGCCCGGCUUGGCCCCCCUAUGAAAGUUUAAAACUCUUAUUAUAUAAACCUUAUUUUCAGCACCACGCUGGUCUGCUGGUGCUGGCUCUGCCCCCUUUGUGACACCAUCAAAAUGGCCCAUAGGGAAAGCAUUGGAUUGGCUUAAAUCGGCACGGGGGCGGGCCAAAUGUAAUUUUGGCCAAUCUGGACCUCCUCAUAGAGAUGAAUUGAAUCAAUGCAUCACUGAGGAAAAUUCAGCGUCUCCAUGCAGAGCGUGGGGACGCUGAACGGCAGGGCUGCUUACUGUGCAGCCCUGAGUCAGGAAGCCUCUCCAGUGGUCAUCUAAGGAGUGGCCACUUGGAGGUGUCCCUAGGGGCAAUGUAAACACUGCUUUUUCUCUGAAAAGGCAGUUUUUACAUGAAAAUGCCUGAAGGGAGCUAUUAUACUCACCAUAACAACUACAUUAAGCUGUAGUUGUUCUGGUGACUAUAGUGUCCCUUUAAGGGAGACAGUCACUGGUUGGAGCUAACGGAAAAGGUGUUGGGUUUGGGGGAGUAGUAGUAUAUUAGUGUGUUAUUGGCAUAAUAUUGAAAUCAAGUGAAGUGUUCUUUUUUUCCGAGACCAGGACAUGCAGAUAUUGAAACAUAAAACAAACUGUUAUCACAUCAAGGAUCGUAGCAAGUGCCAGAGUUGAAAACACUUGUAAGAAAUAAGAUUUUGAGGAAAUUAUUUCAUUGAAAGUGCAAUACAGAGAAGUUGACAGUGAUUGUGACAGGCAACAUGACAUUUUUGGAGGUUGAGUAGAGAGAAGUAGCCCUUCAAGUAAGAGGAGUUAGUUGGAAUAGAUAGAAGAUCAAAUUUGAAAGGAAGCAGAAACAUGCUGGUGUUAAAAGAUAAGUGAAUAAGAAUUAAAGCUAAAGUAUGAAUUUUUGUUUGUCGGUCUGAAUAGCAGUGUAAGCAAUUUGUGUAAAUAUGUUGUCAGUUUUAGAUUUAAUGUGAUGGGGCUAUUCCUGAGCAAUAAGAUGGUAUAGGUGUAGAGUACAGGGAAUAUAUAUAUUUAAAAUUUUAGGAAAAAACCCCAAGUAUUUGGUAUUGUAUGAAUAAAAUGUAAUGACACGUGAUCAAUAAAUGCAUUUUUAGUGGAGGAAGUUAUUGGAAGAGUAAGAUUAUGCACACGAUUGUGAAAGUGCAUUUGUAGAAAGUGGGCUAUAAUAGUAUCACAGUUCCUAAUGCAAAUAUGUGAAGAGGAAUUGAGGUGGUGGGGUCAUCUUUUACUAGCAUUGACGAUAAAUUACUUAUUGUCUUAUAUUAAAGAGCAGUGUUGGAAUGAACCAUGAGACUAUAUCUCACGUUGUGUUUAAAUUGAUAUUUAAUGGAGGUUUAGGAGGCUAGUGUCAUGAAGAGGUAAGAACGUUGAGCACAUUCACACUGAUGGUGAAAAACAAUGGCAAAUAAGUAAUAGUGAUACACUGGAGUAGUAGUCUACUCUGUGACAUCCAAGGAGUUGGUAAGGUAAAGAUGUUUUGGAGGUUGUCAAAACUAUUUGUAUUUCUCCAAGAAUGAGUGUAUGUUUCUGUUCUGUAAAAUCCUUUUUUAACAGUGGUCAUGUGUACUCUGUUUUAAAAGAGAUUUUUAGGGGCAGGCUUCAAACUACAAAUCUAUUAUGUAUCUUACAACUUUAGACAAAAUUUCAGGUGAGUUGUGUAUUAACAGACCAAAAAGAACAAAUAGAUACCAUUUCUUUUUAACAGAAUGCUGUCCGCGACGGCCCCGGACUCAAUGAGAAGGCAUAUCUGGAACGCAUGGGGCCAUGCCCCGGACACUGGGACAUCCUGGGGGCUGGGAGGGGGACGGGGCGUGGAAGGGAGCCCUGGCCGGGGCCCUGGCGGCCUUUUCCCCUUGUUUCUGGUCGGGGGGGUGGGGGGCUGCGAUGGUCUUGGCCUUGGUGGGGGGAAUCAACACCCCGGGCGGCACACGAUGGGUGGCUCCGGGCCUGUGAUUAGGGCAGCGGGGGGUGGGACGCCUGGGAUGGGGGAGGGGACAGACAGUCCGGGGCCCUGGUGGCCUUCCCCCCUUUCCUCGGUUCGGGAGGGGGCGGCGGGCCGUGACGCUCUAUCCCACUCUAUCCCUCUGCUGCCCUCUUGGGGACCACCCGGACCCAGAGACCUCCCCCCUCCCGGUACCCUCCUUACACCCCCGUCCCGAGCCUCAGAACACGACUAAGGUACCCAGGACCAUGCCACUUCAACUCUGCUGCAUCUCCAUCAAUGCAAAGGGCCUUCAUAGUCCCACCAAACGUCACUCCUUACUGCAUUGGGCCCACAACCACAAAGCAGACAUUCUCCUGGUCCAAGAAACUCAUUUCACCCCCCACAAACACUUCCCACUCAAGAAUAAACAAUACAACCGCGCCUUCUUUGCUAACUCACCGGACGUAAAAACCAAAGGGGUGGCCAUAGUACUUAGAUCAUCUUGCCCGCUGACAGACGUGCAAGCCACCCUGGACAAACGGGAGAUACCUCACUAUCACGGGCAAGAUAGGCCCCACAACCUACUCCAUCUCCUCCCUCUACGCCACCACAACCCCAGAUCCAUCGUUCUGGCCAACAUUCUCGGCGCAUCUAGCCGCACACAAUACAACAUUUACCAUCAUAGGUGGAGACUGUAACGCCACUCAUCACCCCGUGAUAGACCGCACCACCAAGUCGCAGGGCAAACCCCGCACCUCACUAAACGCACCUCCCAUUUCUUGACCACACACAACCUCCUGGAUAUAUGGAGAGCCCAACACCCCUCAACCCUUGACUACACGUUCUACUCCCACCCCCACAACACCUACUCACGCAUUGACUACCUCCUAAUCUCCCCGAACCUGACCUCACGCAUCACACACACCUCCAUAGGCCACAUUACCUGGUCGGACCACGCUGACGUCUCCCUAACCCUCACAAUCCCUAACAUGACGCACCCAUGGACUUGGAGACUCAACCCACAACUCCUCCACGACAAAUCGGUCGUGACGUCCCUCGCAACCAAUCUCAAAGAAUACUUCACCCUGAAUGAGCCAUCAGUGUCCUCCCCGCUUACCAUGUGGGCAGCCCACAAGCCAGUUAUAAGAGGCAAACUGAUAGCUAUAGCGACGGCACGCAAAAAACGCCAUAACAAACAAUUAAUGGAAACCAUAGCAGAAAUAGGCCGUCUUGAGACCCUGCAUAAACUCCACCUACACCCCUCACACUUAGAACAGCUCACAACAGCCAGAGCACUUCUCAAAAGCCUUUCCUUAUCAGACACAGCCAAAGCCCUCACAUGGACUAAGCAAAAAUACUAUGAGAAGGGCAAUAAGGCGGACUCUAUGCUAGCAAAACGCCUCAAAAAUCUGACGGAAGCAAAACGAAUUUCCAAAAUUCGUACCCCAGAUGGGACACUGAGCGACACUCCACACACAAUUGGAGAAACCUUCUUACGAUACUUCACAUCCUAUCUAACCAUACUACAGACACACCUAGCGAUGCCAUCCAAACCCAAACUGACAACUUCCUAAGGCAGCUGUCCCUUCCCACCCUCACCGACGACGCCAGAACCCUAAUCUCAGCCGAUAUCUCCCCGGAAGAGCUAGGGGAAGCAAUUAAGACCCUGAAACCAAAUAAAAGCCCCGGCCCGGAUGGCUCGACGGCCAUUUAUUACAAAUCCUUCGGAGACAUACUCAUCCCCAGAUUAUUCAAAGUCUUUAAUGCAAUGCUCACCGGUGAACAGCUACCCCCCGAUAUGACUCAAUCUAACAUCACCUUACUGCCAAAACCAGGAAAAUCCCACGACGACCCAGGCCACUACCGCCCCAUCUCCCUCCUGAAUAUUGACCUAAAACGUCUGACGAAAGUCAUGACUACCAGAAUAAACCCCCUCCUACCGAAACUCAUCAACCCUGACCAGGUUGGCUUUAUCCCACAAAGACAGGCGCAAGAUAACACACGGAGAACCAUAGACCUAAUCUGGUACGCCAACCACAGACGGAUCCCAACGACAAUACUUUCCCUAGACGCCGAGAAGGCCUUUGAUCGCCUCCGCUGGCCCUACCUCUUUGCAGUACUCCGUAAAUUUGGAUUCCCAUCCGAAUGUACUCAAUUUCUACAAGCAAUGUAUCACUCACCGACAGCGCAACUGCUAAUACCCAACAUCACCCCUCCCUCCUUCCCCAUACUAAACAGCACCCGCCAAGGCUGCCCACUCUCCUCCCUCCUAUUUGCCAUAUCCCUCGAACCCUUACUGGAGACCAUACGUAACAACCCACGUAUCGAAGGCAUCCAAGUCCGCAACGAGCUGUUCUCUGUAGCUGCAUAUGCCGAUGACAUCCUCCUGACCCUAACCAACCCCAUUCAGUCCAUAACUGCUCUCUUGGCAACCCUACACGACUACUCAACAAUCUCGGGGUACCAACUGCAGAUACACACUAAAAUAACUGACAGCGUAAACAUGGAUAAGCUGACUGCACAAAUACAUGACACCCCCAACUCAUUCCACAAAGUGUGGGAUCCAUGGCUGGAGGUGAACAACACCCUCCCAUGGUGACCCGCGGCAAUCCCACCAACCAACACCACCCAAGCACAACUACAACAUGAUGCAAAUCUGAGGCUCGCCCCCACCUACCGCCCUUAACCUACCCCACCCCACCAACGGCGUUGGGGGGUACCCAGGAGGGCAGCACCAUCCUGCCUUUUCUUUUCCACAACACCCCUCGCCCCAGUCUCCCACACUCCCACCUUAUCCGCCCCAUCCCCCCCUUGAACAGUGAAAAUGACACACCCACGGGGCUCCGCUGAUUAAGCCUCUCACAACAAACCUUUCUCGGACAGCGACCCCCAAACCAGCCACCCCCCCCAACAGACUCGGGCUAACAUCUCUGGCUCAGUUGACUCAUAAGUCAUACCUCUCCCCUCAGCCAUACCAGGCUACAAAUCAGACCACCGCCUAAUCUGAGACCGCACAAGACACCACCACACACCGGUCCACCACAGGCGGUGUAACACACACUCUCGGAGACUUCAAUGCCAGACUUACCCCCGGACAACUCAAUGUUAUUCCCCACUGUUCUUUCCCAACUACUUGAUCUACAAAAAUGAAAAUAAAGAAUUAUCCAAAAAAAACAACAAAAAAACAGAAUGCUGUAAGGUCCAUUACUGCUUAACGUUCCUUACACAGUUUAUGGUGCAGUUGGUUUCAUGUUGCUAUCUUCUCUCCUGUUUUUGCGAAUCCCUGCAGCUGUGCAGAGGUCUGUUGAUUAUGCAAGGCACGUAGUAUAGGCUGUGAUGAAGGAGAUCAGUCUGACAUUUAUUGAUGUAUGUUUUAAACUGUCUUGAGGAAGUGAUCAUUGAAUGUUUGUCUGUAAAGAACAGAUUCUUUCAAAUUGCGUUUGUGACUAUCAAUGAAUUGUAUUAAAUAUCAUUAUAUCCCCAGUAUUGUCACCACCUGAUUCUGGACCUGCUCAUCUGAACUCCACUGGCAAGCGGAAAGCAGAAACAACUGACUCGGAGAACAGGGAAGGCUGUCAUCAGGAAAAGAAAGUUUGUAAAGGUUUUCACACAACUCAAAACUGCACAUGGCAUUUGUGUGUGGUGGGACUGAUUCCUCAAUGUGUGUUCAUAUGUAACUGCUCUAUUGAUUGUCUUGGCCAUCAAGUCUUUGCAAGGGUCUAAAGUGCUCCUUUCGAUCUGUGGUCAUCUAUUCAAUGUAUUCCUUUUGAUGUCACUAUAUGGAUAGGAGUAUAAGUAAUAAUUUUGUCUAUGAUGUUGACUGUCUAAUGUGAUUACAGAGGAAACCAUUAACUAUCAGAGUGUAAUUAUUACCCUUAAUAGAGCUUAAUUAUUCCUCUACUUUCUAAACCUAAUUGCUUGUAAAGAAUCCAAAAUAUAUUGUAGCGCUUCAAUAAAAGUAGUUUUGUCAGUUUAUGAUAUAUUGGCGGUGGGGGGGGGGGAGGGAAUCUGCAUAAUUGCUUGUAAUUCUGCUACUUAGGAUUUUUUUGGGAUGGAGGGAGGGGGAUUGAUUAGCCAUAAACUAAACUAGUGUACAUCUAAUAAGAUAUGGUGAAACCCAUAGUUCUAGUCGUGGGUCUCUCCGAUACCAUUUAUUGCCAUUAAAUUCUGUUCGUUUUAGAAAUAUUUUGUGUUCUUACUAAUCCAAUAUGUAGAUGUUUAAUACUUUUAGUAUUUUAAAAUGCAUCGUUUGUCUUUUAUGAUCUCAUUGGGAGUUAUAAGAAUUUGUGUAAAGUAUUAUACUUUGGCUAUUUAUCAACUGCUGUUGAUAAUUUGUUUUUGUUUUUUUUUAGGACUUCUUACUUUAAAAGCUCAUGUAGCCGAGAGAAGAGGAGAACGAGAGGAGUUGCAGGAUGCUCAUACCAUAUUUGACCUAAGCCAGGAGUGUCAGCCAAUGCCAGCUGACAUGUAAGUGGACCCAAACCUGAGUUAAGUGUCUUAAUAGCAUUUACAUGGGUGAAGAAUUGAGGAAAUAUUACAGUUCCUCUUUAAUUUCACAGAAGAAGAGUAAGUACUUUGUCAUUAAAACUCAUAUACUUGUAAUAUUGUAAGCAGGAUUUAUGUUUCCAGCUAACCUUCUGCUCUCUUAGUGUCAGUGUACCAGCACAGUCUUCCAAAACACACUUUCACAGUGGAGAAAGUAAAAAGUCAUUGGUUUUGCAAUUGUAAUACAGCUUCACAGCUGACAAAUGCUAAUGCUUAGAAAUGACAGAUUCCCAUGAGAAUUACACAGGAAUAGUGCUGUUCAGGUUCAAACAAAAAAAUCAGGAGCUAGAACUUUACUGAUCCCUUUUGGUGGUGCUCAGAAUAUUGAGGAUUUUAAUGUGAUGUAUGGUCAGGUGCAGGGUUUUUGCUUUUAAUAUUUAUUAUUCCUAUUAAUGCUGUAGACAACAGCUUCGGAAUAUUUCUGCUGCUACUAUGUGCAGUUCUUCAGGCCAUAGCAAGCAUGUGAAAAUAUAAUGUAUGACAUAAAGCAAUCACGCUAGACACUUGGGAGGACAGUGUAUAAUGUUUUAUACUUGCCAUUUUAAUAUUUUAUCUCUAAAUUCUGUUUCCUAUCCCUCCAUCUUUCAGUUCACGUUUACUAUACUUUGCGGUGUUUGAUGGUCAUGGAGGUAACCGAGCUGCACGGUUUGCCGCUCACAAUCUACAUCGGAAUCUCCUGAAGAAAGUACCUCGAGGUAACACAAGGGUGCAACUCUUUAUAGUGGGGGUUAUCAUGUGUCUGUGAGAGUCUGACUUUGUGAAUGUUGUAGGCGAGGGAAGCAGUGUAGAGAAGGCAAUGAAGAGGUGCAUAUUGGAAGCCUUUAAACAAACCGAUGAAGAGUUCCUGAAACAAGCGGCCAGUCAGUGAGUAUCCCAUUUCUUCAUAAUGCCCUCUGGUAAGAGCAUGUUUAGCCUUACAUACACAUAUAUAAUUUAUUUAUAAUAUAUUUUACCAGGAUGGAUAUAUUGAGAUUUCUCUCGUUUUCAAGUAUGUGAAAACACUUGAAAUAAGGUGUCACAUAGUAUGAAUGGACUUUUGAACCCAAGUUUUAAAAAUAUUUUGGUAUAAUACCUGGAAUACGCUUGUCAGUUCUCCACAUUUCCCAAAUAGUGCGUAAAUCCUACUGUUUUUCCUACUAUGACAGACCACAAUAAUAUUGGAUAUACAUAUUGUCAUGUACAGUGGGCAUGAUUCGGUCCCAGUAUUACCAGGGAUACCUGAAUUGCCUGGGGUUUUUUUUGUUAGCAUCUAGGGUUAACCUUGAAUGAUUGAUAUAUUUAUUCUGUUUUGCAUUUUUGUCUGUUAUGGAAGGAAAGGGAAAUCCUUUUUGAUCAAAAAAGCACUGCUAGGGCUGUGUUAUUUACUAUUUUCACAAAGAACCCCCGCUGUACCUACAGCUAGAACUUGAUAAUGUAACACUUUUGGGCCCCAUAAAUAUAAGAAUCCAGUGCUUAGUGCUUAUCCACAUCAGUAUUUUCAAUAGACAGGUGUCAUAUACUGGUCAUGUUUUAUGCAGCUCCAUGAGAAGUCUUUGCAAGGCAGAUGCUGUAAUUGCCUGCCUCUUUAGUUUAGCUCCACAGAGCUGAACAAACCAGGAAGUAGCGGGAGCCCUUAUCUGAUUGACAUCCAGGGGGUGUAACCAGGUUAAUUUAUAAAAGUUCCAAUUUCUAUUGAAAUCCCCACCCUUUGUCAAACUAAAAGGAAAAGAAAGACACUCUUCACACACUUUACUCAAGCUGAAGUGCUUGAGGGUCUGGAGUGUCCCUUGAUGGGGUAAUUUUUUACUUUUUAAAUCUUUACUUUCCUUGCGCAGACAAGUAGUGAAUUCAUAUUAACCCUUUCACUCCCAGAACAAAGUUGCAAGCACGCUUGGAGUAGUGUGCAUCAUGACACAUAGCUAUACCUAUUUACAUCCAAAUGUAAUUUCGAAAAAGCUUCUUUCGUUGAUCUAUAUUUUGUGUCUUACAGCAAACCGGCAUGGAAAGACGGAACAACUGCCAUCUGCGUUCUGGUUGCAGAUAAUGUCCUUUAUAUUGCCAAUCUUGGAGAUAGCAGAGUGAGUCUUCUUCAAAACUGUCAGCAGGGACUGAGGGGCUUUAGGGGAAAAAAUAAUACAUUUGACUUGUUUCAACCAUCUGAAAGUGCAUGGAUGCUUUUUGAUUGCAGGAAAUUUUUAAUAGUUCACGUAUAGUAGGCAAGUGGCAGUGGUUGCUGUCACGUGUGAACAUUUAAUAGCACUCAAAUGCACAAUUUGUAUACUCCUAGAAAAGCCUUCAGUUGUUCACAAGCACUCAGCCUCAUGGCAAUGAAUUUAUGAAACAGAGGAAAAAAUGGUCAUCUUGCAAGCAGAUAAUUAGUCAUUUUUAUUGUUUGCAGUUGCAAGUUAACUGGUUUGAUUUGUUAACCUGCAGUGCUUACACUGGUGCUUUUCUUGUGUGCAUGAACUGACCAAAAAGUAACUCUCUAAAUAUAUUUUAAUUUAUACAUUUAUUAGUAAUUUAUCGGUAAUCACCUGCAUAAAUUAAACGUUCUCAGACAAUAAACACACAUAAGUAGGAAUAUGUAUAUAUGGACGUAAAGACAAAUUAUAUAUAGUUAACCAACAUAUUCAAUAACAUACCAAAGGUCUUACACAAUUUUAUGAAUGUUGCCAGAUUUCACCAAGGAAAUGUGUAAUGUUUUAACCUUAAAAUAUAAUCAAAUAACUUGACUACAAGCAAAGUUAUUAUCUCAUUUAAAUGAAAAUCUUAUUGGCUAUUUUAACUAAAAGGUGCAGAUUUAAUUUCAAUAGGGGCCUAAGGCAGAUCUUGUUGGUCAUAUUUUUAAUGACUGGUCAACUUUAAAGGGAAACUGUCAUUUUUCUGUCAAUUAAACAUUCUAAUAAACACUAUUAAAAUGUUUUUUCUGACAUGAAGUGUUCAUGGAGGUGUAGGUAUUUAACACACCUUAAAAUAACACUAUAGGGUCAUGAAUAUAAACAUGUAUUCCUAACCCUAUAGUGUGAAAACCACCAUUUAAGUGGCUUGCCCCCUUAUAAGGUAAGAAAACGUACAUUAUUUCCAGCCCUGCGUGGGUUAUCCAGCUGGCUCUGGCCCCAAUUCGCCUCUUUGGCUGACAUCAUCAGAAUUGAUGAUCUUAGCCAAUCCAUAGGAAAAGCAUUGGAUUGGUUGAGAUCGGCAAGGAGGUGGGCGGGGCCAAACACUGGCUUGGCCAGUCAACAUCUCCUGUUAGAGAUGCAUUGAAUCAAUACCUCUCUAUGGGGAAAGUCUCCAUGCAGAGCAUUUCAUACACUGUGCAACACUUCCCCAGGAAGUCCCUAGGGAGCAGUGUAGACACUGCCCUUUCUCUGAAAAGGCAGUGUUAACAUCAGAAAGGUUGCACGGACAGCCUAUACUCACCAGAAAAACUACAUUAAGCUGUAGUUGUUCUGUUGACUAUAUUGUCCCUUUAACCGCAGAAUUAUCAAUAUUGGCACCACCAUAUUCAUGACAUGCACUGAGCACAUGUAUAGUAAGGCAUCUCUUCUUUCUAAGUUGUCAGUUUAACAAUGAUUUAUUUUUAGUAUUGGACAGGAUGUGCUAAACAUUGAUGUACAUCUGGGGCCUAUCCCAGGGUCACUGACACCUGGGUGCAAUAAUCUUUUUUAAGCCUUCAGAUGGUCAUGGUUAUAUCACUAACUUCUUAUCUUCACAAACCUACCCUUUUAACCACACCCAUUUCCUAUGGAAACCACUCCAACUCUUUGCCACCCACCCAAUUCACAAGGUAGCAUGUCACCCACUUCCUACAAUGCCAGCUUUGCUCCCAAAAAUCGUUUCCUUGCCAUCUUUGUGCCCAGAUUUCCAGUGCCAUCUCUGUCCCCAUACAGCUACCCAGUGCCAUCUCUGUCCCCAUACAGCUACCCAGUGCCAUCUCUGUCCCCAUACAGCUACCCAGUGCCAUUUGUGUCCAAAAAGUAGCUAAUCAGUGCCAUCUUUGUCUCAACACUAACCAGUGCCAUCUUUGUGCCUAAAUAGCUUAUUAGUGCAGUCUUUGUGCCCAAAUUACUUAUCAGGGGCAGACCAAGAAUCUAAUCUCAGUAGAGGCAUUUGUAAUGGGGUGAUAUGGGCUAUAAUUUAGGAGUUAUGGGUGUAUAGGGGCUGUAGUGGGAAGGUGGGGACUGAAGUAGUAUGGUUAGGAGCUGUAGUGGAGGGUAUGGGCUGUAAUUGGGGGUUAGGAAAUCUAUUGGGGGAUACGGACUAUAGUAGGGGUGUUAAGCGAUGAAUUUAGGGGUGGCUGUAAUGUGGGGGAUAUGGGCUGCAGUUUGGGGCAGGUGUAGUGGGGUGUAAAAGUGGGAAUAGGGGCUGUAGUGGGAGGUAUAGAGGGAGUAGUGGAGGAUAUGGGCUGAAAUUGGGAUGAUAGGGACUGCAGUGGGGUUAUAGGGGCUACUGGUGGGUUAAAAUGGCUUUUGUAGGGGGUUUAGGGGCUGUAGAAGGGUAUAGAGGGAGCAAUUGAGAGGUUAGGGACUGAGGUUGGGUAUAUGGGCACUAAUGUGAGGGUUACGGGGUGUAGUAGAGUAUAGGGGCAGUAAUUGUGGGGGGUGGGGGUUAGGGGCUGUAGAAGGAUAUUACAGCAGCAAUUGGAGGUGAGGAGCUAUAGUAGGGUUUAGGAGCAGCAAUUGGGGGGUUAGGGGCUGUGGUAUUGGUGGGUCGCUGGGUUAGGUGCUGUGGUAGGGUAUAAAGGCAGCACGUGGGGGUGGGUUAGGAGCUGUAUUAGGGUAUAGGGGCUGCAGUAGAGUGUAAGUGGCAGCAGUAGUGGGUUUAGGGGCUAUAGCAUGGGAUGGUUAGGCGUGCUGUAGUAGGUUUAGGGGCUGCUGUAGUAGGGCUAAGGGCAGCUAUUGGGGAGGGGGGGAAACUAGUUUAUAUCUCUCCUCCCUGAGGCUUACCUUGGGCUAGGGACGAGUAGAAUCCUGAUCUCUGGUGGUCCCAGGUGCCAGGGCAUUAAGUGGAGCCAAUCGAGGGGAUGGGGCCUACCACGAAGGGGCAGGACCUAAUGUGGAAGUGCGCAUAUAGCUGCAGAACGCCUGGGUGCUGUGCACCCCAUGCAUCCGCCCAGGAUUGGCUCUGUGUGCAUCAUAUGCCAUGCUUUGCCAUGCCUUUUAUAUGUUUAAUCCCUUAAGGACCAAACUUCUGGAAUAAAAGGGAAUCAUGACAUGUCAUGUGUCCUUAAGGGGUUAAAGAAAAGCAAAACCCUAAACUAACUUUUGGGGUUUUUUUUGUUUAAAUUGUUUUGUUCCUGGAAUUUCUCCCGAUACCUACACACUUUUCUUUACUGUGACUACAAACAUGUAGAGAUGGAAACAUUACUGUUCUCAUCCACAUUUAUAAUAUUACUUGUAUUGGUUAAGGAAGUGCAUGUAUCAUAACAUUUUUUUAGAGAAGUCAUAAACUGUACAAAUAUUGAUAUUUUUCAACAGUGUCCUUUCUUAGCUCCAUACCAUGAAUCUGUUAUCUGUUUUCUACCACUCCCCAGCUACAGACACUGACUAACUUGAUUGUGACUUAUCUUGCGAAUGGUUUGCUUCGGUUCUAUCCUGGCAGUCACUCAGGACAUGCUGUCAUUGAGUACAUCUUGCAAUAAUAACAAACACUGUUUGAUUUAACUUCUGUUACUUUAUGAAUACUCUGUAAAUGUGCAUCUAGUGUUCUGUGUCUGAACAUUCUAACAAUGUCUAUAAGGAGAGGAAAGGUCCCAGCAAUGUUUAGAAAGUGCCCUUCAGUGAUCUAAACAAUUUGUAAACUUGUAGCCAGUUACUUCCAUUCCCACAGCCUUAUUCUCUCAUGCACAUAGCCACGAGUCACUUCUUACAAACCCAUCACACUUUCAUGGGUUAAACUAAAUCUGGAAUUGUGUAUUACGCUGCCUGGAGUGGAGUUACACCUCUGGCAGCAGAGAGGUUUGACUCGGUAUGUACAGCAUUUUUUAUAUCUCCUGCUACACAUAAAGUUUCCAGGCAUUAACAUUUCAAAUCACUGAAGUGGUCAUGGUGCAUGGAGUAACCCUUUAAAUAUUAGUUAUGUAUUUUAAGUGUUACAGAAACAUACAGAAAAACCAGUCUGUGCAGCACAAUUAUGUGUACACACACACUGUAGGACAUCUGUUUUCUGUCAUUGUUUGACUGCAUCAGGGACAUUUUGUACAUUGACAUAGUUACACUUAUUCAUCAUGUCCUUGAUAUUUCUCUCUUAUUCUGAGAUCUCAGAUUAAUUUUAUUGUACAUUUCAGGUCACUGAUUUGUUUGGAGCUGUUUUUUCCACCACAUUAAAUUUAUCUUAAAAAAAGCGCAUGUGAAAUUCUAAAGAGGAUGGGCAAAUAUUUAUUUUAUUGGUUUAUUGUAUAUUAUUACCACCUGCUGUAAUUGCUGGGUUUAAGUUGCUUUGUUUUUCGUUCUAACUGUAGCAUUUCUUUCCUCUAGGCUGUGCUUUGUAGGAUAAAUGAAGACACCCAGAAACCCACAGUGCUGAGUUUGAGCAAGGAGCAUAAUCCUACUCAAUAUGAAGAGAGGAUGAGGAUUCAGAGGGCUGGUGGCAACGUGAGGUGAGAAACAUCACAGCUAACCUCUCUGUACAUAUUUAAACUAGAAAUCUCAACAUAACGUGCAUUACCUAUGACACCCAUGUAUUUAUUCUAUUUCAUAUUUCACAUAUGGGAAUGUUGUUAGAUUCAUCAAGAAUUAUAACACUAGCUUGCUGGGGUGGUUAUAGUGCCAUGAUUUGAUCUCUGCAGUAUUUAAGCACAAAACUUCAAAGUUCACGAUAUACAAGAUAUUUAGGGUUUCAUGUGUUCUUUUUUGGAGCUAAUUUCAACACUGGCUCCUGUCAACCAGCCGCCUGGAACAAGUUCUGUGCUGUCUAUAUUAAUUUUAUCUAAUUUUUGUGUAUUGAUGCUGCACACACAACUUGUUCUUAGAGAGCGGAGCCAAAGAGCGUUUAAUAUAACCCAAUUCAGUGAACAGUAAACCACACUGUGCACUACUGGAAACUUGAUGAGGGGUUUUUCUUGUUAAUGCCAUUUCUAUAUAUUGUAUUAAAAUUGGAAGUCAUUUUUUUUUUUUUAAUUCUUUAUUUUUGCUGUGCAGAAAAUAUACAUGAGAAGUUUGCAGUGCCACAAUAGCGGGACAAACUAUGCAUUUUCCAACAAAUUAGACACUUGUAAGGUGUUUGUAUGAUAUGCACAAAAUUUUUGGUAUAUGUUGAGUAUAUCAUGCUGGUUAAGUACAUCUAAAUAAAAUUAACAAACGUAAAUGAUUUUUAGUCCCUUUUUUGGAGGCUACCGAGACAAAGGCAUUAGACAGAGAGAUGUAUAAAUGCCGUAAGGGCAAAUUUGGACAUUAGUAUGGUGCUUAGGGUGUCAGCACAUACUUAGUAGUAAAAGCGUUAGUCAGGCUUUAACCUUAGUGUUGCACCAGAUGUGAUAUGUGUUUGUUGUUUAGGCAGCCUAGUUGAUUUCAGUGUAAGUGCAUUUAAUUUUAUUUGUUGCUUUCGCCCCUGCGGCGUUUGUGUGCCCUCCCCAGUUGCACUGAGUGCAGUGCUGCUUUGGGUUCUGCUAAUUCUGCGGGAUUUUUAUGUGCAUGUGUUGGGGAGGUUACUCCGGUUAGACUUCUAGUUUAGCUUCGUUUCCAGGGAAGCUGUGCCCCUUUGCACUACAUGGUGGUGCCUGCGGUGAAGUGUCAGUGCUGUGACGGUGUUGUUCUGGGUACUGUUUGCUGACUAUCUUGUUUAAGUUUGCAUAUGUGCGGUCUUUACUUGGGCAUGGGAUGUCUAGACCUGUGGACAGUCGUCAGGAGCGGAGACAGGCACCUCUCUAGAGGCUGACGCCACUGUCCGUGCUACAGGUGCCAGUGUAGUUCAGUGGUCAUGGUGGUGGUAGGGGGCCGGCCGCGGGGGUGUAUCUCAUGCUUAGCAGUGUGUCGGUUGGGUCUCAUUUGGCUAAGGGGGCUUUUGCCAAUGAGUUGUGCUGUCUAUGGGACAGGGCUCUUUUGUAGUAUGAGUACGCUUAGGGAUGGGAGGCUGUAGCAUGAGGUGUUAGCUCGUACCAUAGCCGGGUAGGCAGGGGUAGUGAUGAUUGCCGUGGCUGGGAUUCGUUUCUAUAUUGGGAGGGAGGGGGAGUCAUUUUUACCCCAAGGUUCCUCUUGCAAUCUACUUUAUCCUCCGUCAUAGUUCUAAAGUAUAGUGAAGGGAAUUGUCUGUAUCAUAAACAUUGUGAGUAUAUUAUUGUACGCUAAAACAAGUCUUUUAAGAUUUCCCUUUUGCCUUCAAUCAUCACAUGCCUACCACUUGCAUUUGUCAAGGGGCCCACUGCUUUAGGGUGUGUACAGUGUUCUGCAGAGUCAGCAAAUUCAGUGAAAUGCCAGCUAUCAGUUAGAGCCAUACUUGCAGAUAGCGCUCUGCCCAUGUCUUGGUUUUGUAUGUACAGAAAGCACUACCCUGUAGACAAUUUAGGCUUAACUCCAAUCCCUUCAGGCAGACAAUCUUUUAGAGUGCACUUAAAGGGCACUGUCACUUCCCAGGACUAAUAUUCUGUUUAAUUAAACCUAUAUUUAAAAAAUACGUAUUUAUGUGGUGUGAAAAAUAAAAUGCCUUUUUAUCCUGCAAAUGGAUACCCACAUCUUAGUUACCCCGUCAAUCAUUGUUACAAAGUUUGUCUCUAUUUUUUAGCUGCAAUGAUCGGCCAACUGUUGGAGUUAAGUCGUUAAGCCCUGAUUUUUAACGAGCAUUGAAAUGUCUGACGUGACAUGCAGGGCUGUUGGGAUAGCGUUGCUCAGACGUGAAGCACAUUCAGCUAAGUUAGGCAUGGCUUCCCCUGGGGUUAAUAACAGUGGCACUACACUUUACUACCUGCCGUGUUUUAAUUAAUUGUUAUGUAUAUUUUGUAAUAAUAAAGAUAUAUUUUUCCUAUACCAUUUUGUAUCGACUCCCUUUGAGUGCAAGGGAUUUAUCAUGUGUGUCCCAAAUCAUGAGCAGAAUAAGGCUUAGAGGAAAUGAGACUAGACAAAUAAGACCUAUUGAGAAUACUCACAUUAUAGGGCAAAACAGAGAGAAAAGAUGUAAAGCUGCUGUCCUUUACCUCUGUCAUUGGAAAUAGUAUAUGCACUGUUCAUCAUGAACAGUUCUCUUCAUGCAAACAUGAAUGCGAGGAAAAGGAAACAUAUUGUUGCCUGUCUGUUAUGACAAUGAGUGGUGUGAUGUACAUAAUAAUCUUAUAUGGUUGCAAAUUGAUUUGCCCUGGAUGCCUUAUUUUUUUCUAAUUACCAUUUCAUUUUUCUACUUAGAAACAUGUAGAAUUACCUAAUUAACUUGCUUAGCUCUAAUGACUUUAACAAUCUACACUAUGAGUUUUAACCCCUUCACUCUACUGAUAUGGCAAAUAUAUUAAGCUGCUAAAUAUGCCCAGUGUCUCUCUCAGUGCUGUGUUUUUCACUGUUAGUCACCUUCUUGACUUGAUAUAUUGCGUCGAUUUUUUUUUUUGAUUUUUUUUUGAGAUGCAGUUUUAUCUGUUAACUUGCUCCUUCUCUAUUAACUCGUUUUCCUCUGGUGAUCACAUUCACCUUUUAGAUGUCUUGUCUUCUUCCAGCCUAAUACUUUUUUCCAAUAUCAUUUUGCUACUGAUAUUAUUUAUAGGACAAUUAUUUUGAGAUUCACUCAUCAUGUUCUGUCUGUUCAACCUCUUCACAUUACCAUUUCCCUCUCCUUAAGGAACACUAUAGCGUUGGGAAUACAAAUAUAUAUUCUUAACGCUAUAUAGCCCUAGUCACCUAAACGGUAACUAUGGCCUUGUUCCGCGGUGAAUAAAUGGUUAAUUAACCAUUUAUUUGCUUACCUUAAUCCAGCACCGGGCUCCCUCGGUGCUGGUGACCUCUCCUCCUCCUCCAUCGACGUUGGCUCCCGAGUGGAGCCAGAGGCGCGUGCGCAUUCAAACCCGCCUAUAGAAAAGGGACACCAUAGUCACCAAAAUUUUUUAGCUUAAUGAAGCAGUUAUGGUGUAUAGAUCGUGCACAUGAAGUCUUACUGACAUUUAGGAGUUUAAUCACUUAUGUUUCUGUUUAUGCAGCCCUAGCCACACCUCCCUAGGCUAUGAUUAAUACAUAAUACAUUAUGAUUAAUACAGCCUACAUGAAAACAAAAUGGAUUCAUUUUCAAUCAGAUGUAACUUACUUUAAAAGUUUUUAUUCCCUGCUCUGUAAAUUGAGCUUUAAUUACAUACAGAAGGCUUUUGCAGGGUAUAGCAAGUUAUUAACAGAGCAGGAGAUAAGAAAUUAUAGAUUAAACAGAAUUUGCAAUAAAGGAAGUGUAAAUGAAGUUUAAAUGACUCUUUACAGGAAGUGUUUUGGAAGGCUGUGCAUGUCAUCUGCAGGGAGGUGUACCUAGGUCUCCAUGAACAAAGUGAUUUAACUCCUAAAUGAUAGAGAAUUGAGAAGUGAGACUGCAGGGGCAUGACCUAUACACCAAAACUGCUUUGAUACAGAGCCUUCCCCAUCACGGUGGACUAGUCUCUUAAGGAGUGGUCUCAAUCGUAAAGCUAGCCUUUUAGUGAAUAAUUUCAGAUCGAUGUUUAUUAAUGAGAUGGGCAGUAAUUUCCACAUAAUUCUGGGUUCUUCCACAGUUUUGGAAUCGGUGUAAUGGUGGCUUCUAAGCUAGUUGCAGUGAUCUGCCGGAAAUGGUUUAUUGAGUUGAUAGCUUCUAAAAAAUUAGGAAGUUCCUUCUCAAAAGUUUUAUAAUACACUAAGCAUUUUUUGUGCCUUUUUUUUUCACACAGAGAUGGCAGAGUUUUGGGGGUGCUAGAGGUAUCUCGUUCUCUUGGAGAUGGACAAUUCAAGCGCCUUGGAGUCAGCAACAUACCAGAUGUAAAAAGAUGUCCACUCAAUCAAAGUGACCGGUGAGGCUUUAUACAUUUAUUUAAUUUCCAUUAUAUUAGUUAAUUCAAGUAUAACAAUAUUUAAUAUUAAAGCAUACAUGCAGCUAUGAAUAAGUAAUAGGAUUUGACUUAUUGCUAAAAACCCACAGAAUGGUUUCCAUUUUAUGAUUUAUGCAUUAGGAAAAAUAUUUUUUUUUGUAUCGUAUCUAAUACUGUUCUUUCUGCUUUUAGGUUUAUUUUGCUAGCCUGUGACGGGCUUUUCAAAGCCUUUUCAGCAGAAGAGGCUGUAACAUUUAUCCUGACAAAUGUGCAGGUAAAUUACCUUCUCAUAACACAUAGGGCUCAAUUUAAAAUUCUGGUCCUCACAAAUCUCUUAAUGAUGCUCGCUAGGAUCUACCUAUCUUUACUAAUACACAAGUAAGUCCCAUCAGGCCCCAACGCUCUGCUGAAGACUUGUCUGUUCGCACUUGCACCUUCUUUAGGGCAGCACUGUCCCUAUCCCUGCUCAAUUAGACUCUCAUCCAGUUUUCACUCUUUCAAAUAUCUCUAAAAAACAAAUAAACUUCUUGAUAUUAAACUAUUAAUAGUUUUCUCUCCUAGCACCUCACUAUCCCACUGUGAUUCCUCUCCUGUAACUGUGUCACGUAAAAUACUAUGCCAUCAUUGUAAACUUUUCUAACAGCAUACUUCCCAUCUUACACUUUACCCCACUCGCCUUAGAAUGUAAGUUCCUUUGAGCAGGACGCUCAGCACGUUCUGUUACCAUACAUCUAACUGGUCUUGUUGCAACUGCUUGUUAGUUCCCCUAGUGUACAGUGCUGUGGAAUUUGUUGGCCCUUUGUAAAUAAUACAUAAGAAAUCAGAUAAAAUAGAGAACAAAAAAAGUAAAAAAAAAUAAAAAAUUAAUUGAGCAACUUGCUCCUAGUAUUGUGUCUUUAACUUGAAUGGUGUAAUCCAGAUGAAAAUAGUAUAUAAUAUUCGUGAAUAUCUUAUCCGCUUUAGGGUCUUGGGAGAGUGCAUAGUUUAGCUAAUGUAUUGUUUUCCUGCUGUCACAGGAAGAAAGUUCUCCUUCAGAAAACUCUCCUCCAGUCCUUGAUGCUCGGUAUGAAUCUGCAUGCCACCGCCUUGCCAAUGAAGCAGUGCGCCGAGGUGCUGCCGAUAAUGUCACUGUUCUGUUGGUACAGAUCCAACACUGAUAGAGUUGGAGGAUGGAUGGGGCCACACCACAGACGGAUCUAUUCACAGCUUUAAAACCUGUUGUAAAUAAGUUUUUCUAUCAUAUGUUCAAUAAGCAAAAAAUCAUUAGCAUUGUUAAUAUUUUACAGAAAGUUUGAUUUGUGUUUUAAAAAUUCUGUAGCAAAAUACAGCUACAGAAAUCUUGCUGAGUAUUUUUGCCCUGAGUGUAAGGUAUGUCUGUGAGAUUACAAGAAGAGCAAAGUGUCUUCAGUUUGAAGCGUGUGCUUUAUAAUGUAGUAUGUCAUUUUUAGGUGUGUAGCAGUAAAUAGCAAGAUUUUUUAUUUUAUUUUUUGUAAACGCCUACAUUUCUGCAUUAUGAAAUAGCACUUUGUGUUAAAAUGUCAACUGUGACUUGUAGAUUAAUGCAUGGUAUGUGUCAGAGAUACUGUGUAACUCGCUUCACCAUGACAUCUGUUAAAGUACUGCAAUGAAAUUUUUUUGUAUUAAAAAAAUGAAUGGCCGUCAUGUGAACUGGCGAUUGGUUUUCUUUAACAUUUACCUGUUGAUGCCUUAAUUCCAGCUCAGAAACAAUUUAAUAACUCUGCUCUGCAAACCGUUAGAAAAGCGUGUGUGGGGGUUAGUGAAAUCAUUGUGCUGCUUUGCAGCUCAAGACUAUUGGUAUUGUUGGCAGUGAACACAGUGCACGUGCCUACCAUCAACAUAGUGUGUAGUGGGAGAUAUUAGUUUAACAUGGUUGUCAAUCCAUGCUUUUUUUUUUAAUAGAGCACUCUUAAUUUGAUAUGUGAAUAAUUUAACAUCACAAACUGUAUGUAUUCAGGUUUCGUGACUAUUUUCUCUUGUCCUUCCUGCCCCAAUCUCCUUUUCUUCUCCUUCAUUUGACACAGUCUUCUUUUUCUUCUUACAUGGUCUUCUCUCCUCCUUGGCUCCUUCUGCUCCUUUACCUUUCUGCUUCUUGUGCU